UGGCCGAAUCAAAACGCCAAGACACUUUCUCCCGGAAAAGAUGGAGGGGUCGACGGGAUCAGUAAUCUACCGGAAUCUCUUCUCUGCCACAUCCUCUCCUUCCUUCCAACCAAAGACUCAAUCGCCACAAGCAUUUUGUCAACCAGGUGGAAGCUCCUUUGGACUCUCGUCCCAAAGCUAGACCUCGACAGUGAUACGAUUAACACUUCGGAGCUUUCAGCUGCUGCUGCUGAUGAUGAUGAUGAAGAUGAUGAACGUGAGAUCAUGUUUGCACAUAUUGUGUCAAGCGUUUUGGCUCAACAAGAAUGUGGAGAGCUCCAAACUUUUCGGCUUCAAUGGAAAUUUGGGUGGGACGGUUCCCAUCUCGACGCAUGGCUUGGCACUGCUGCUGCUCGUAAAGUCAAAGAACUUGAUCUUGACAUUUUUAUGCACGACAGUGAUGUGGAAAAUCUGAAAUUGCCUCCAAGCUUUUUCUCUUGCAGGACAUUAGUGGUUCUGAAAUUAAGCGGUGAUAUUGAUAUUGACACUCCCUCAUUAUCCUUUAAUUUCCCGAGCCUAAAGAUACUGCAUCUACUAGAAAUUUCAUUGCCGAGUAACAUUAAUUCACAGGAACACUCUUUCUUGAGGCUCUUUUCUAGCUGCCCUGUCCUCGAAGAUUUGUCAUUUACAACUGACCUUUUCAAGGGUGAGUAUAAAUUAUGUGUACCCACGCUGAAACGCUUAAGUUUCAGCGAAAAUGUAUAUAAUGAAUCCGCUUACGAACUCGAGAUAUACGCCCCAGCUCUUGAGUACUUCAAUUUCGAAGGUGAUCUCGGAGACAUCAAAUUCCAUGAAAAACUAGACAACCUAGUUCAGGCAAAUGUCGAGUCGUAUGUGAAUGAAGAUGAACACAAAGAAUUUUACAGAGAAUGGGUAUUCAGGCUUUUUACUGCUCUGAGUAACGUCAAAUUUCUCUCAUUUUCCCCUUACGGCACAGAGUGGCACAACGUUGGAAAUAUUUAUCCUUCCUCAUUCCAGAAUUUGGUCCAACUGGACUUUAAUGUUACUGAUUGUAACUGGCCAAUGCUACAAGACUUGCUCCAGAAUGCUCCUAAUCUAGAAACUCUUGUUGUUACUAAGGAAUAUACUUAUGGUAAAAGCAACUUAUGCUGGAAGGAGCCACAAUAUGAUCGUGACUAUCUGCCAUCACAUCUUACAAGUUUUUAUUAUGGAGGAUUUGAAGGUUUGAAAGAUGAAGAGGAAUUUGUAAAAUAUAUUCUAAAGGAGGCAAGAGUUUUGAAGACUGCAACAAUUCAAGUUUAUAGAGAAAAGUCGAAGGAAAAUGUUAUUGAGAAACUGUCAAUGUUCCCAAGGCGCUCAACAACAUGUCUACUUAGAGUUGAGUGAGGUCAGUGUUUGGCCACAUCUACAUGGCACCUCCUUUCAUGUCUAUUUGUCCAGCUUUGUUUGCCUUUGUAUAGUGUUGUACAUAAGCACGACUGCAGUACCCAAUAUACUUCCAUUAGGGUGAGAUAUAUUAAGAUGCACUUCUUAUUGUAAAAAAAAUUGAUAGAGUAAGAUCUUGAAGGUAAAUGUCUUUGGUUGGUUUUUGGCUUACUGAUGGUUGUAUUUAUUAAAUAUUUGUAAGUCCUUUGUCUUUUAAUUGUGUUUUUGUUUCUUGAAGGAAACCUUUUUGAGAUCCAUGUUUAGUUUAUCAAUUUAUUCAUGAAAUAGUAUUUAGUACUAGUAGUCCAAGAACCCAAUUUUGGUUUGCACAAAACACCCGCAUCUUGAAUGUGUUUGGUAUCUGAUUAGUAAGCUUCUGUACCAAAAAAUAAAUAAAUAAAUUAGAAGGUUCUAAUUUGAAAUGAGUCUGGCAUCAAGAUAUGUUAGAUACAUGCAGAACCUGUUAGUUCAUCUAUUGCAUGACUGAAAGAAGGGAUGCAAAUACUGUAACCAAGUGUGUUCCUAUGAGUACGUGUUUGCCCUAACUCAUAUUCGUUGGAUAUUGGCUAAACUAUUUGUUGAACAACCCCUACAAAUACUAUAAAUGCUUUAUCAUUAGCUGCUCAUCUGCAUUGGUGCUUCCUGUUGGGCCCUUCUCCAUCUUAACUUUUUGUUCAUUCAUGCCUCAAAGGCCGCUAGCUCUUUAACAUUGGACUGGCGCAGCAUGGGCAACUUACAAUUAACUUGUCUUAGGUUUGGGUUCAUUACAAUAUUAUGACCAGAAGGCAUGUGAAAAACCUUUCAUCUAAUCUGCACUUGGAAAGGUUCUGAGAUUGAUUCCUUGACUUAGCUUUAACAAUCCUUUCCUUAUACAUUUUCUUCCACAUAUGUAUAGCUUUGGCUUCUUCUACAACCUUUUUUUUCAUCAAGUCUUAUCACAUUUUUAGUCUACAUGACAUUGCUCACCUACUCGUCAUAGUUUAUAGUCUUGUUAAGCUGAUGGCAGCAUCAGUUGUGAGGUAUGAAAAGACGAAAUAAGGCGGUUUUCUGAAAGUUUUGCUUAUGCUUCGGUUGACAUGCUGAAUAGAGAGAGAGAACAAAAUAGCUUGUAAUGUCCCAUCCCCAUUUGGCACUUUAGUGAAUUUAGGAUUUUUAAUGUUAAUUUUCUUGUUAUUUUCUAAAAUGCUAGUUUUGGAAAAAGAACUAUAAUGCCAAUGGCUUCCUGCUGCCACACAAUUUACUUAAAGUUGCACUGGCCUUGAUGUGAUCUGUAAUUGCACCUUUAAACAGAUGUAACAGCUAGUUUUGGAAAGGUAGUAUGUAACAGCUAGUUUUGGAAAGGUAGAAAAAGAAAUGCUGAGAUGGCCUUUGUUUUGUUUAGAUGGGUGUGACCUUCUUUACAUAAGCCUAAGUCAGAAUUUUGCUCUCUAACUUUCAGUGAUAUUUUACUUCCUAGAUCUUUGUGAUAAUUGCAAAGGUUGGGAUUUGAAAUCCCCAUAUUAAUUGCUUGGAGAAAAAAAUUGUGAAAUGGCCUUGUUUUCAUUUUUUAUGUCAUUUGUUGAGUUACACUAUCAGGCUUCAUGGAACUUCAAUCCCUUUGAAUGGGCAGUCUACUGAGCAUGUUUGGUCCAUUGCGAGACAACAUCUAAUCUCUUAGCUCAUUUUUUUAACAUAAAGGAUCUUCUCUAAGACUUUGUUAAUCACGCUCCUCCCAUUGCCAUGCCUUCCACAUGAUCUCUUGAGAAGGGUUCUACUGCCAAUAUUGAAAUCCAAAUUGACUUGGCAGGAACUUGAAGAAAAAAAAAAAAAAA